CGCUACCUACUGUCUUGGCUGGAAUUUUACAGCACUGCUACGGGCUAUCGUUAUCGAAGAAAGAACUACGGAAAAAUAAAUAAUAAAGCAAUGGGGCCAGAAUUACCGUCUGAUCCUGGUCAUGAGAUAUUUCCAACGCCAGCAGUGGACCAUCCGCGCGUUGGUAUCGAGAGCGAAGAUAGCGAUGACUCGGAUGCCUACGAUGGAUACCAAAUGCUUGCCAUGGACGAUGGUGAUGUGAACGACAGUGAACCGAGAACAGAGCCACAGCCACCACAAUUGGAGGCGGAGGCCAUCACAGUACCUGUAGAUGAUGACGAUGACAUUGAUCUGACAACAGCAGCAGUUACCCACGGCGAUCCCAAUAUGCCUCCCAUUGAGAGUGCCGACAUUGAAAUCGAACGGCAAGUGUGGAAUGAGCCCCGACCCCAAGAACUUCAAAUGGAGCUGGAUAAGACGCAAACCGAACAGAUACUGAAAGCCAUGUCCACGAUUUCGCUACCCAACAUUACUGUGCCUGACUGGGCCAAGGGAGUGCCCGAGGAGCGAUGGAAGCUGGAGCUGUUGGAGCGCAUAAACAGCCGACAGCAGCCCGCUGCUAAUUCGAAGCCAGCAGGCACAGAAGAGGCGCCUCAGCAUUCCAAAACGUCAGCCGACUAAAGUGUUUAAUAUUUAUUUAGAAAAAUCAUUCUCCAAUAUAUAAUUUAGAAAUUA